AUGAAGAGAUCAAUAGGAUAUCUGUUAUGCAUUGUGGGCAUUGUACUGUUUGUUCAUUCUGUACUCUCAACACUUCAACACAGAACAUACCUAAGAUUGACAGAUAAGUCCUUUGAUCAUAUACCUUAUGAUAUUGCAAUUGAAUCGAUAGUAGCACUGGUAAUACUGUCUUGGGGAAUCAUCAAUGUUGCACCAAGACUACAGCCAAUCAAAGUUACUGGACAUCUUUCCAAAAGAAGCUUUGAAUCACUAGACUACAGACCAAACUUUGUACAUUUCAACAACAGAGCAAGAUACUUGGCAGACUUGACCAAGUAG